UUGAAUUAAAUUGUUUACUCACGGCGUUCAUUUCUUUAGAGCCUAUGAAAACGAAGAUCCGUCGCUAAAAUUGAGAUAACAACAGUAAAGAUUUGAUUUCUCCUCGUAUGAACAACUUGAACUAACUGAAAUUAUUUAUGGAACAAAUGAAUAUAAGUGGAUUGGAAAGGAAUAUAAGUGGAUAGCACAUCACACUUAACCGAUUCGCAUAUCAUUAACUACAAAACUUUUAUCCUCGUACAGAUAACAACAGUAAAGAUUUGAUUUCUCCUCGUAUGAACAACUUGAACUAACUGAAAUUAUUUAUGGAACAAAUGAAUAUAAGUGGAUUCUGGAAAAUUAGUGUUAUAACCAUUGGCCUUAGUACCGGUUUUAUGGUAUUUCUUUCGAAAUAUAAGCUUUAUUUAUCAUUACCACCUGAAAAAGAUAAAGACGAAGACAGUAAUUUGAAAUUAGAACUUGACCGAAAUCAGAAACAUGUUUCUAAUGCAGAAGACAAUGAUAUAAUCCCAGAACUUCCACAACCAAGAUGGACUAAAGUUGGUAAGGUGGCCAAGCUCUUCUUCUAUCCUUUGAAGUCAGGCAGUGGAAUAGAAAUAAGUAACUGCAACUUUACGGAGUUUGGAAUCAGCGUUGAAGAAGAAGCUUUCAUACUUCAAGACAGAAUGUUCAUUAUUUACGAUGAAAUCAAGGGGCGUUUUGUCACCGCCAGACAACAUCCCACUUUGAUCCUGGUGAAACUUCUCAUUGUGAAUAGUACUCAAGUAAAGUUAAAAGCUCCUGGGAUGCCUGAUGUCAUAUUUGAAAUUCCGAAGUUAAAAAAAUUUGAACGUCUUGUCAAAUGUUACAUGUGGUGGGACGAGCCACUAAAAUGUAUCGAUUGUGGUCCCGAGGCUGCAAAAUGGAUAUCGAGAUACGUACUCGGAGAGAAUACUGGCUAUCGUUUGGGAUAUUCCCAUGAUCGCAAUAGACAUAUACUCAAAGGUCCAUGGAAACGGUUCACUAAAGUUUAUAAAACCUUAAGGAACCAAGACACGGGUAUUUUUUCAGAUUUGGCGAGUUACAUGCUAAUAACCGAAUCUUCGAUGGAUCAAUUGAACCAAAGACUAGAAAAAUCAAUCCCAGCGUUACAGCUAAGACCUAAUUUAUUGGUUUCUGGAUCACAGCCUUUUGCGGAAGAUAAUUGGGAAUGGAUCAAAAUUGGAAAACAUGUCAUUCUUAGAAAUAUCAAACCCUGUCCAAGGUGUUCUAUGGUACGAGUCGACCCAUAUACUGGUAUUCAAGAUGCUGAAGAACCAUUGAAAACUUUGAAAACUUUCAGGCAACAAACGGAUUCGGAAAAAGUUGCCGUUGAUGGAACCGCGCCCAUAUUUGGUGUUUAUUGUGGUUUAUAUCACGGUGGCAAAGUCGCAAUUAAUGAUGAAAUUUUUGUUCAUGUACCUAGUUAAAAGAGAGUUUUCUAUAGGCCUUGAUUAAAU